UCGUCAUCGCCGUUGCGGUUUAUGCCAUUCUUCAAUCCCCAACCUUCUCUUCUCUCACCAUAAACCUUCACCAUGAGCUCCCCAGAAACCGCUGCCGAGACCGCUCCGCCCGCCGAGGUGAUGACGAUCGCCACCCCCAUCAACCUGAUCCUGCUGUCCCUCUUCGUCGUCCUCGUCUACAUGCAGCUCCGCCCUAAGACCCCCGUCUCCCUGCCCAAGGGUCCCCCUCCCGUCGUCUUCCGCACCUUCACCCCAAUUACCCUCCUCCCGUUCAACGGCGUCGACGAUAAUCCCGUUUAUCUGGCUGUUCGCGGCCGUGUGUUUGACGUGACGCCUGGCAGGAACUUCUACGGCCCGGGCGGACCGUACGAAAACUUCGCCGGACGCGACGCAUCCCGUGGCCUGGCUCACCAGAGCUUUGACGAGGAGAUGCUCACGAAAGAUCUGAAGGGUCCCCUUGACGACCUGAAGGAUCUGGACGAAGAACAACUCGAAAACCUGCAGUCCUGGGAGGAGCGGUUCCUUGAGAAGUACCUGGUGGUGGGUAAGUUGGUUGCGGAGGGAGAUGCCGAAGCUCCGAAGUCGUGAGUUCCAUCAGUCUGUGUGCUUGUCUAGGAUACCAUGUUGGAUAUCUUGGAUGAUUGCGCGCGUUACUGGCAGGUGGUGCGUUGGAGAUGGGACCACGAACCGUCGGAAUGGACGUUGGAUGAAUCUGCGGUGAUGCAUUAUGGUUUCUUGUUAAAAAGCGAUGUUUGGUGAUAUUCUCGGCAAUCAUAUGUCAAUCUUAAGUUUAUUUUCGGGUGGCCUAGUCAUAGGCAUCCGGUUGUGAAGGUUUCAUAUUGAGAAUGCUACUGUUACACAACGAUGAAAUGAGAUAAAAAUU